AUGGGGUGCUGGCACAUACAAUUGAGGGUAAACAAAAAGCUUUUUGCCAUAAAUGGUAUGAGUCCAGGGGAUUUGUUGACCCAUCGUGUGAGUGGCUACUAUACCUCAAGUCAGUCAUCUGUUGCUGAACACAAGUUUGUUGAGAUGGGUGAAUGUGGAAGUGGACCGGAGCCCAGCAGUAUUCCUUUGAAUGAAAGCUUAACUCGCUUUCACCAGCUUCGGAAGCAGUCAGACAUUCAACUUGUUAAGUGCAUGCAGAAUGACACCAAUCAUCGCCAAUAUGUUGCUGCACUACCAUUGUCAAGAACCACUCUAUUUUUCACUGAUCAGGUUCUUGAAAAACAGUAUCGCAAGCAAGCGCAUCAACCUAGAAGAGAUUCCCCUCGCACCCUGGUGUCCAGUAAUCUUAAUACACAUUUUGAUAUUUUGGUGAGUGCUAUUGUGUAUUUUUGUGUAAGUGCAUCUUUGUUCCUAAUGUUUGAAUACACUAAAGGUUGGCUUUUUUUGUGCCUAAUAUCCACUUGCUGGCAUAUUCUUCUUUUAGUUUUAUGUUCAUCACAAGUGGCCCAAGGGGGAGACCCCUCAGGGAAUUCAUCCUUAUCAUCGAGGUUAUAUCUCAAAAUAACCCACUGGCGCCCUUGGCAUGUAUGUGGAGCCUCUUUGAUCUGCCUUCCUUUGGCUGCUGUCUUUUCAAAUUUCUCUUGUGACUUGCAGGUAAAACAGGAUGGUACCUUAAGAUUCUUCUGUUAUCUGUCUUUUGUUGCUAUUAUACAUCUCUGUAACUUUACUCAACUAAACUGUUGGAUGAAAAAUAUCCUUGCUUCAAUUGGAACUAUAAUUUUGUUGGUAUUGGUACACCCUUUUAUAUGUGACCAAGCUCAGUUGACUAUCACUGAUACAUCGACAGAAAGCCCAGCCAACAUCACUAAGGUGACUGCUAAAGAUGCCUCUUCUGAAUUUAGUAAUCAAUUUAUUGAAGUGGUAGUUACUUCUUUACUAUUAUUGUUGCUUGUUUGGUUUUUAAACCGUGAGUUUGAAAUUAGCUAUAGGCAUAGCUUUUAUGGGUCUGUUAUGGCAAUUAAAGAUGAGGUAAGGGUCCAGACCAUGAAGAACCAAGCAGACUGGCUUUUACAGAACAUUAUCCCUCCACAUGUGGCAGAUUCAAUCAAAGCUUCAGGAAAAUAUUCAGAGAACCACAAAGAUGUAGCUAUUAUGUUUGCUUCUAUCGUCAAUUUCAAUGAACUCUAUGACGAAAGUUAUUUAGGAGGAAAGGAGUAUUUACGAGUUUUGAAUGAACUUGUUGCUGAUGUGGAUGAGUUGCUACUUCGUAGUGAAUUUAAGAAUAUUGAGAAAAUUAAAACUAUAGGUAGUACUUACAUGGCUGCCUCAGGACUUGACAUUAAAGUACGGCAAGCUAACACAGAUGCCCAUCAACAUAUAUUUGAACUUGUAGAAUUUGCUCGAGCCAUGCAGAAAGUCAUAGAUGACUUCAAUAAGGACCUUAUUGAGUUUAAUCUUAUCCUUCGCAUUGGCCUCAACUUCGGUGAUGUCACAGCAGGAGUGAUAGGUACCACAAAGCUUUAUUAUGAUAUAUGGGGAGAUGCAGUCAAUAUAGCCUCUAGAAUGGACUCAACAGGUAUGCCAGGCCGCAUACAAGUCAGCAGUGCUUGUGCUGCAGUUUUGAAUAGACGAUAUGAAUUGGAAAGACGUGGACAAGUUUUUGUUAAAGGAAAGGACAAUAUGGAUGUCUAUUUGCUCAAGGGACCAAAGGAAGACACAUGACAUAGGUGGUAAUAAGGAUGACUGUAAGGAAAGAAAACCAGUCAGUCCUUAAAUUUUACAGGUGAUACACUAGUAAAUAAGCAACAAGAUUUUGUAUAUCUGGUUUGUAACCUUUGGCCUUGCUCUCAUGACAGGCAAAAAACAUGAAGCAUUUGGCCAAAGAUGAAACCAGUCAUGUAGGUAAUCACAGUGCAAAUUAAGCACAAAUUUAACUGAUAUGCAGAUUUUUUCUUCAGUAGCUUCUUAUUUUAGAUUUUGAUUUAUGGUUUGGUCUUACCAAAAAAACAGUGCAGUGACCUUUUGCCAGAUGGUGAAUUUUUUAAUUUUCAAUAAGAGAAUGUUUCAUAACUAGACAGGGCCAUAAAAUUUUCAGGUCUACUCUACGCAUAGGCCUAGAGAUUUUCCUUGUUAGCUGCAUUUUUAGGAUUUAUUGUAGAAUAGCAGUUGUAAGUUACAGUGCACAGAUUUUAAGCUCAAAACCAUGGCAUUUGAAAUUGUAAUCCUGUUACAAGAACACAAACUAAUGUAUUGUGUAUAGUCCAUAGUGAGAAGCCCCAAUGGUCACCAUUAUGCAGUUUGUGUAUUCAUGUUAAUGAUUCAUGUUGAAGUAUGCAGUUGCUGUGCAAUCACUAAGAAUUGAUUGUCAAAUAAAUCUAUACAUUUGUGUAUAUAUACUUACUGAUACAGUAAAAACAAUGGUAUAUUAACAUAAUUAUUUUUGAUACAAACCACAGUUCUGUGUUGUUCAAGGUAUAUGUUUAUUGACAAUUAUGGGUGAGAUAUUAUUUCUUGUUAAAAUCAGUGUGGGACAGUAAUUAGUGAGAUUUAAUCUUCAUUUUUCUUUUAACUUGUAAAGUUUUUCAUAAAAGUUAAAUCCUUUUCUUGCUUUGCAUUGUAGUUUUUUUAUACUCAUUGUUUAGUGAGAGUUAACAUGCAGUUACAACUUACCCAUACUUUACUGAAAAAAAAAACUGGUAUGCUCAACAGCAUGGCACAGUACAUAUUUGGUUGCCAAUUUAUCCAUGUUAAACCUAAUAGUAAUUACUAAAUCCAUAAUUUUUGUCAGCUCAGUGUUUUUCUACACUUAUCACUAUAUUUGUCAAUGAACAUUUUUAUCUCCAUUCACAGAAGUCAUAUAUAUAUCAAAACAUUAAUCUCUGUAAUUAAUAUGAUAAUUUUUUACCUUUAGUUUCUGUCAUGCUUUUUUAAAGGGAUAGAGAUCUAUACAAUAAUUGUUGUAGUCAAUUUUUAUUUAGUCUUCAACCAGUGCCAUAGAUGAUUCAUAUGUAAGUCACUUGGUUGACAUUCUGAUGUCCAGAUCAUUUUAGAGUGUAUUUAUUAGGCUUAAAGAAGUUUUCCUGAGCAAGGAGCUUUUCCUGGUUUGAUAUGACUGGUUUCUAUUUUCCAUAUAGCCUAAUGCAGUUAUUGGCUAUAAAUGCAGUUUCAUGAUAAAGGGUGAGUGUAAUAAUGAUUUUUCAGUUAGCAAUCAUUUGAAAGGGCCUGUGGCUUACCUUUUGAUAUUGUUUGUGAGGACAGUAAUGUAGAUCAUUCAGAUCAUUUUGUUUUUAGGAAGCUGUCACAAAUAAUUCACAAAGAAAGAAGCAGUAAUUGUAUGUGUAUAAAGCAAAUUUCUGUCUAUUGUGCUUUUUAAUCAUGGUUCAUUGACUUACUGUAAAAUUCUUUUGAGAAUUGAUUGAAUUUUUGGUUUUGUAUGGCAGUAGUAAGGUCCACAUUAACUUGGUAAGCACUUUAACAAAGGGUAGCAUGAUAGUACUUACAAUUAUAGCCAUAUUGACUAUACAUACGUAGAGAAAGGGUGGAUAUGUGGGAAAAUAUGUAGACUAUUUAAAUUAAUUAUAGUGUCAAUGUUUUUCAAGCCCCUUCUCAGUAUUGUCAAAAUCCUUGACACAAAUUAGAUGAAAUUAAUCUUUUACCUAAAUAGCUUCUGAGCUCAGGAGAAUGCAGGCAUAUGUUGCUUCUUAACCCUCUUACGCCGAAGCCCUAAAAAUCAAAACCUCUCCUGUAUGCCGGGGCGCGUUUGGAGUGAGCGCGGAAGCGGAAAAAAUAAUUUUUUCAAAAAAUCACAGUGGGCUUAGUUUUGAAGAUUAAGAGUUCAUUUUUGGCUCCUUUUUUUGUCAUUGCCUGAAGUUUAGUAUGCAACCAUCAGAAAUGAAAAAAAUAUCAUUAUCAUAUGUAAAUAGUGCGAUAUAUGGUAGCGAAAAAAAAAAAUUCAUACAUAAUUGUAUUCAAAUCGCGCUGUGCAAAAAACAGUUAAAGCUAACGAGUUACUUUUUUUUCGUUGUAUUGUACACUAAAUUGCAAUCAUUUUGAUAUAUAAUACAUUGUAAAAGGUUAAAAGCAACACUGGAAAAAUAUUAUCACAAAAUGAUGCACGAAUUCGUAACGCGCGGACGUAAAAUUUUUUUUUUUUCAAAAAUUCACCAUAAAUCUAAAUAUUGUUCUAAAGACUUCCAAUUUGUUUCAAAAUGAAGAAAAAUUAUUGAAUAUUACGAUAUUGUAAGAGUUUUAGAUUAGAAUUGCAGAUUUGACCAUUUUGGACGAGUUAAAGUUGACCUAAUGUCGAAAUUUUUAUAUAUAUAUUUUUUUAUGCAAAUAUUUCAGAAAUGAGAAAAGCUAAAACCUUAAAUUUUUUAUUUUUUUAUUUUUAAUGAAUUUGCACACAUUUUCAUAUAUGAAACUCUAUAAAACGGCUAAUAUGAAAAGGAGUAAAUAUUAGGAUAAUGCGACGUACGCAUUUCAGAGAUUUUCGGCCGCGAAUCAGCGCGCGGAGGGAAAGAAAGUUUUUUUUUUAAAUUCACCAUAAAUCUAAAUAUUGUGCUAGACGCUUCGAAUUUGUUUCAAAAUGAAGAUAAAUGACUGUAUAUUACUAGAUUGUAAGAGUUUUAGCUUACAAUGCGUUUUUCAACUAUUUCGGUAGAGUCAAAGUUGACCGAAUGUGGUUUUUUUCUAUUUAUCGUGAUUUAUAUGCUAAUAUUUCGAAAAAAAGAAAAGCUACAACCUUCAAUCAUUUUGUGUUGCAUUCUACAUGAAAUUGCGCACAUUUUCAUAUAUGAAACUUUAUGUAACGGCUAAUUUUAAAUGGUGCAAACAUUUCGACAAUCGCAUGAAAAAAUUUCUGAUUUUUUCGGAAGUUACUGCGCGAACUUAAGGAAAAAAUUUUUUUUUUCAUAAAUUCACCAUAAAUCGAAAUAUUGUGCUAGAGACUUCCAAUUUGUUGCAAAAUGAAGGUAAAUGAUUGAAUAUUACUAGAAUAUAAGAGUUUUAAUUUACAAUUGCGUUUUUCGACCAUUUUAGUAGAGACAAAGUUGACCGAAGGUUGAAAUUUUGGCACUUAUCAUUAUUUAUAUGAAAAUAUUUCAAAACUGGUAAAAGCUACAACCAUGGGUUGUUUUUAGUUGUAUUGUGCAUGAAAUUGCGCACAUUUCCAUAUAUAAAACUUUAUGUAACGGCAAAUUUGAAAUGGUGCAAACAUUACCACAAUCGCACGAAAAAAUUUAUCGGAAGAGUUACCACGCGGAUGUAAGGAAAAAGUUUUUUCAUAAAUUCACCAUAAAUCGAAAUAUUGUGCUAGAGACGUCCAAUUUGUUGCAAACUGAAGGCAAAUGAUUGAAUAUUACUAGAAUAAAAGAGUUUUAGCUUACAAUUGCAUUUUUCUACCAUUUCGGUAGAGUCAAAGUUGACAGAAGGUUGAAAUUUUGGCACUUAUCGUUAUUUAUAUGAAAAUAUUUCAAACUGAUAAAAGCUACAAUCAUAAGUAUUUUUUUUUUUGUAUUCUACAUGAAAUUGCGCACAUUUUCAUAUAGAAUACUCCAUGUAACGGAUAAUUUAAAAUGGUGCAAAAAUUAUGUCAAAGUGACGAAAUAAUUUCUGAGAUGUGUCACUGAUACUUUUUAGUGCGAUAAGAAAGAAAUUCGCGCUUGCGUGCCUGCGUAACAAUUGUAAACAAAACAACGCCUUGAUCCAUGAACUCCCAGCAUCCCCCAAGGCGCGUGAUUCAAAAGUUUUUGGUUGGUAGGCCUAUAAGUAUUUUUCCGUGAAUUUGAAAAAAAACUUUUUUGAGUCGACGUAUAAUACGUCCAAUCGGCAUACGGGAGACAUUUUGACUCGACGUUUAAUACGUCCAAUCGGCGUAAGAGCGUUAAGCAUCAUGUUCUCACAACGGCUUAUAAAAUCUCAGAUAAUUUUGUAUUGUGAUAUUUUUGUAUGGAGUGGAUCUUCAGUUUUUAUUGUAGCAUGAAAAUUUUCUUUCAUGUGUAAUGUGCUUUUAAUGUUAGAAGAAUGUUUUUUAUGUGUCUUUUUGGAAUACCAAGUUGUUUUAUUCAAUAUAUUCUGAAGUCAAAGCUUUAAAUUGGAUAAGUCACCUGCUGGACAAAUAUGUUCAGUGCAUUAUGUCGGUUAAGGCUGUUUGCUUGUGAAUGAUUAUUAAUGAAUCUUCUGAAAUGGUGAUAAGAUGUUUUAUUAGGAAAGCAGGGAUUUUUUUUACCUGGAAGUAUGCUAGUGCAAGCUUCCUUGGGAGAACUACAAAGCUCAUUUGCUUGUCACCAGUAAUUACUUUGAAUUGUAUGAUCUAUGCAUUAACUUGUUUUUUUAUACCCAGAGUUAUAAGUUUACAUCUGAUCAUUUUAGUGUGAAAACUUUGAAAUAUAACAGAUUGAAAGGCAUUUGAAUAUUAAAAUAGAGUUCUAAGUAAGGAUGGAUUGUAGAAGGUUGAUGUUGUGCGGUUGAUCCUUUAAAGUAUUUUUGUGUUCAAUAAAGCUGAUAUGGAGAAAUUUUAGAUGUGUACAUAAGGAAGGGAAGUAUUCUUAUUCUGUUAGUUACAAUGUGUUAUCAGAUCCUUAGAGUCAAAUUACUUCCUUUUUUAUCAUUUUCAUGUUGUGUUGUAUGAAAUAGCAGAUCACGUUGUGAAUCUUGUCAUGUCAAUUUUUUUUUAUUUUUAUUAAACAGCAGAUCACUUUGUGAAUAUUGUAAUGUCAAGUUUUCAUUUUAGCCUUCUUGUUAAGUAAAAGUGUGUAGAAACAAUUUUGACAAAAAAGAGGAAGUGAAAUCUUGUCAUGCAUUGUAGCAUAAUAAAAGAAAAUUUUGCUUUACCAUAUUGGACUGACACAAAUAAUUUCUUCAGUAUUAUAACCACUUUACAGUUUUUCAGUUGUUUCUUCCUCCAAGUAGAUAACCUCAGUCAUAAAGGUUUUGCUUAUAAACUCUGCAGUUAUAGUAUGUGAAGUGUAUGAUAAUUGAAGAAAGAAAACAACAAAAUUUGAGUCCAGUCUCAAGUUUCGGGAGCUGAAAGAACAUACAGCACCUGUAGGGGUAGAGUAGUUAUGUAGAGUAAUGCAUCAUCCAACUUUGAAGAAUUUGCAAGAAUGGUAGAUGGUGAUUGUUUUUCCAAAGUCAAUUUAAUGAUUAAGAAUGAAGGCUAGUGAUUAAAACCAAACUUAAGAGUGUAUAUGAGCCAAUAUUAUGUAAUCUGAAUAAGAGACCUGAAUGUGUUUAAGGGGUUGUGAAAUACUAUAUCCAGCUGAAGUUUGUUUUUUCUUUUUUUUUUUCAUUUGUUGGGUCCAAACACCCAUCCCAAAUGACCUUAACAUUCUCAAUAACCAGAUUGCCUUUGUCCCAUCAAUCUGUGAGUCAUAAGUGUAACUCUUUGUGUGAUCUCAAAAUAUUUAUGAUAAUGACAGUUCAUCAUGCCAUAUCAUUGCUAUCACUACACUUAUACUAAAAUGUUUUCUUAUUAAAGUACAGUAUCCAAUUGUACAAUCCCACUAUCAGACUGACAUACAGCAUUUCAGUGAGGUUUCAGCUGAAAGGGAUCUGAAAAUGUAUGUCCCUCCAAUAGGCUUAUAGGGUUCUGGAUCAUUCUUCAUGGGCUUGUGGUUAUUGGCUGCCUGUUCCUCCUGAGGAUCAUCAACCAGUAAGUAUAAUCAAACUAUGCUCUUGGGUUCAUGUAGCUGGUAUGACUGUAGAGAUUAUGAUUUGGGGGUAACUUGUAAAUGUGUAGGAACACAUGCAACUUCCUUUCCUAUAUUUGGAAUUUCCUCUACAAAACUUGGAUCUGCAUCUUUUUGUUUGUUAUAAUGAAAGCAGUUUUUGACAUUGAUGUUAUCUCAAAUACCUUUAGUGUAGUCUUAUGUGUAGCUAUUUGGUCUUCUUCACUGUUUUCCUUUCUUUCAAUUCUCAGUUGAAACCCUUAUGGACAGAGUCAACAGACUAUAAAUCCAAGAGGGCUCAUUAGGAAAAUCAUCCUGCAAAGAGGGACAUGUUAAAGAUGAUAAAUUAUCAUGUGUGAUUGAAUAGAAAAUAAAAGUGAUACUUCUGAAUUUAGGAUACAUCAGUAGAAAGCCUGAAUAAAUUUGGUUAAUGCUUAAAUUUUGCUUCAUGGUUAAACACUUGGAGAUCAGAAGACUCUACAACUGCUCUGGGCAGACUAUUUCGUGUUUUAGUUGUAGCCAAAAUAAAACUAGCAAACUAUAUUAAACUUGAUACUAGAAACUCACACACUUUUUGGCGUAGUGCCCUGCCUAGUGUUGAGAGCAAAAAGAGCUGGUGGGGCAAAGAACGGUACAAAGGAUGUUUGUCAUUGUAGUACAUUUUAUACAACAAAGUCAAUGAACUCAUUUGACGUCUGUGACACAAUUCAGGAUGCAGGACAGUUUUUUAUGCAUUUAAACAUUAUAAAAAGUGUCUAAUAUGCUGGCAAAUAUGGUAAAUAUAACAGCUGCUUUAUGAAACAUUCUAAAACAUUUCCUCAAGAUACCAAUUUUAUAUUAAAAGUUACACCUGAAAACUUAAAAUUCACUGACAUUUAAAUUCUUACCAUUUAUAUGUAAAUCAGGAUGCUAAGGCAAAAUUGCUUUGGACUGCUUAAUACUUUUGAGUAUUAGAAGGGUUAAGAUUCAUAACCCAAAACCUGCUCUGCUAAUGAAUAUGUAUCAUAUCUUUGUUCAAAGAUUCUGCAACCACAGACCUGAGGCAUGGAGAAGGAACAAUGGCCAGAAGAAUAUCAUUGGUGUAUGAAAUUAGUUUGUUCCAGAUUUUGUCAUAUGUCACUAGUAUAGAUAACAAACAGCCAAUGUCUAAGAACACUGUGACCUUGAGGAACACCUGAAAUGAAAUUACUAAAGCUAUACACUGUCCAUCAACACAGACUAUUUAGGUUCUGUCUAUUAAAAAUUAAUUUAUAUUUUUAACAAAUGAUCCAUCAAUUUCCAAUAAUCUUAGCUGGUGGAUAAAUGCUUUAUGAUGCUAAAGAUUCAAAGAGUGACAGUUUUAACUAAAAUCCAUACCAACUAUACAUGCCUCUGCAGCCUCAUCCAGAGCACACUGCAAGAUGCUAGAUAUUGAUGAGUGCAUUGCAAGUAUCGAGGCCUUUAUGAAACCCUAACUGUAAUGCUGGCAGCUGUUUGUUAUCCUCAACAGACUACAAAGUUUCUAAGACAGCAGCUUUUAAAAACCUUAGAAAAAAUGGGAAAUUGAAAUUGGUCUAUAUUCUGAGGAGUAUGAGGAUGGACUUAAUCCCUUAGGCAAUAUACAGUAAUGUAGCCCUUCCUCCAAAUAGACAGAAAACUUGCAAGACCAACUAACUUUUGUAAAUAGUAGUAAUCUUAGGAAUACUGAAAUCA